AGGUGAGCUUCCCCCAAGAAAGUCCAGAAUUUUCUGAAUUUAAUCAAGCAAAAUAGACGCCUAAUUAUUUCUGAUGUAAAUCUCAAUUGAGGUGUGUAAUGACUGGAAAUGGUGGACACGACUGCACGGAUCCAGUUGCUGAUUAUUCCUUUUCUCUUCCAUGUGAAAUUACAUAUGUGCCAAUUCCUAAAAAAACAGUUCAUGAUCCAACUGAAUCUUCAAGGCAGGGAAGCCCCGGGGGAGCCUAAUACCAUAGUUGUCCUGGACCCCUUUUGUCGCACCAAUAUACUAUUUAUGGUAAGUGUUUACGGUGGUGCAUUCCUAGCUGGCGAGUGAAGGUUGGAUUAAUGGAUAGUUGACGGUUUUGGCUGUACAAGUGUAGUUUCGCACUGGCAGCUCGUACCUCUAGGCUAGUGUGGAGAUUGGGCUUAUUUAAGUUACAAUUGGCAAACUUGAUAAGGGCAGCCACUAAUAAACAAGAGUUAAAUCCUGAAUCUGCAAGAUUUGUGAGGAAAGAAGCUGGAAAAGACACCAGAAUUAGGUAAAGUCAUGGUAAAAACUUCAAAAAAACCUGCACCCCAUAUGACAAUAUUUACAAUUAUAAUAAUAAUAAUCGAAUGAUAAGUUAUCCAGAGAGCAAUUUAAUCUGAAUAGACUUAUCAAUUCAGUAACACAUUAUGGCUACAGCCUACAUCCCAGAGUCUGACGAAUUAUGGAAGGAAUGCGCCGAAUGGUUAACAAGAUGGGAAAUGAUCAGACCAGAUCACGAAGCCCAUUGGUCAGAGAGCACCAUAGCAGAUUUUGCCGACAUCCUUCGUGAUGGAGUGCUUUUAUGCAAACUAUUAAAUAAAAUUGAUCCCGGCUGCAUUGAUUUGAAAGAUGUUAGCUUGAAGCCAACUAUGACACAAGUUUUUUGUCUGAGGAAUAUCAAUUUGUUCCUUAAAACGUGCCAAUCAAGCUUUGGAAUGUUUGAUUUGUUCAAAGGCGCUAUGUUGCUUGAUCCAAGUAACAUUCAUGAGGUGCUGUGUACAUUGUCCAAACUUUCUAGAACCGAAAAAGCUUUGAAAACUGGAAUACCAGGAUUCUCCAUUCCAAAAGUGAAAAUCCGCGAAGAAGCGUACAUAUUUCAAAGCUUAACAGAAAUUAUUGGCAGUCAACCGCCCUCAUAUAGAGACAGCGGACAAUCAAUCAUUAGCAUCGACAGUGCCGUCACGAAUGAAGAAAUUUAUCAGGAUUUAAUUUUAGUUCGCUGUGCCAUUGAGCAAACUCAACCGCAAGAGAGAAGAGACUUUGUAAUUAGGGAACUACUGGAUACAGAAAAAAACUACGUAGACCUCCUCAAUAAACUUAAAAUGUAUUUUAUGGUGCCUUUGCAAAAUCAAAUGAGGCCUGAAGAUCAUGCUACCGUUUUUCACAAAAUAAAGGAAUUAUACGAGAUCCAUUCAGCGUUUCUUGUUGAACUUACUAAAAUCCGAACUAACAAAAACAUUAUGUUUGUGUUAGGUCGGCUGAGUCAAAUAUUUCAAAAGUUCAAAGAGAGGUUCCUUAUUUAUGGUAGUUACUGUGCCAACUUGACCAGAGCCACAAAUCUUUUACAGGAUUUGUGCAAUCAAGAUUAUGGGUUUAACGAAACCGUUAUUAAACAUGAAAAAGAAGUAAAUAAUCGUAGAUUUAAGCUACGAGACGUACUGUUUGUGCCAAUGCAACGGAUAUUGAAAUAUCAUUUGCUGUUAGAUAAUUUAACGACUGAUGAACAUAAUGAAGAGUAUGUAGAAAUGGACAGAGCCCACGAAGCAAUGAAGGACGUUGCUAGUUACAUCGACGAGGUUGUUAAACAUUCGAAUGUUAUCAAUUAUCUUCAAGAUCAUAUUGUGGAUUGGAAACACGAACCAGAAAUGAAUAUAUCAAGCUAUGGCAAACUGAUAAAAGACGCGGAGCUGAAAAUGAAGGCCCACGAUGAUCAGAAGACCAGAAACAGAUACAUGUUCAUUUUUGAUAAGGCCAUUUUAAUUUGCAAAGCUCAAAACAACCAAUUCGCCUUUAGGGACAUUCUAAACAUAAUGGAGUAUCACGUUGAAGAAAUCCACAAUGCUGCCGUCCUAAAUAACCAGGGCGACUCGAAUUACAAAUUUCGACUAGUCAAAAAUGGCAAACAGAUAACUAUAUGGGCUCACACACUCGAGUUGAAAGAGCAGAUCGUUUGGGCUAUUAAUGAAGCACAUGACAAUAUUCGACCAAAAAGUUUAGCACACACAGACCACAUUCUAGAACUGACCACAUUCGCUAAUCCAAUUCAGUGUAUGUAUUGUUGCAAGUACCUCAAAGGACUAAUUUUCCAGGGAUAUUUGUGUCAAAUAUGCAACUGCGCUGUUCAUAAAGAAUGUAUUCAGAUUAGUGGAGGAUGCGGGGUGUCACCUUUGAGGUUGCAAGCGAGCAUACCGAAUGGUACAAGCGAUAGAGACCCGCUGAGAAACCAGCUCUGGUAUGUGGGUGAAAUUGACCGGUCGACAGCCAGCGAAAAACUCAUUAGGAGAGAGAACGGGACGUUUCUGAUUAGACGGAACAGGGACUCUACACAUUCGCAUACGAUUAGCUUGAAAUGGAGUGGCAGAGUCAAACACAUGAGAAUAAAAUUGAAAAUUGAUGGUGACAUUAGGAAGUACUAUUUGUCAGAGUUCAAAUUUUUCAGUAGUAUAGAAGAAAUGAUUUUGAGAUAUGAAAACUAUAGUUUAGAGGAAAACUUCGACAGUAUGGCGGACGAUGUAAAACUACUAUAUCCAUUUCACCAGUUAAGGGCUGUGGCUUUGAGAAAUUACGAUGCUAUUGAUAGGAGUCAAUUGUCCUUCAAAGAAAAGGAAAUCAUUAUUGUGAUAGGCAAAGACGGUUAUAAGGAAGGUUGGUGGAAAGGCCAAACAGAGGAUGAUCAAAUUGGAUAUUUCCGAGUCAGCUUCAUCAAGCUAGAAGGUGAAGUCCAAUUUGAUUAGAUUAUAAAAAUCUGCAAGAUAAGUCAAACAAAUCAUGAACAAAAUGAGAAUAAUAAUAUUUAUUUUUCCUGAAACUGGGAGAUUAUUCCAGAAGGCUGAACUAGAAAUGAAAUGUUAAGCACAGCAUAACUGUAUCAGUAUUUUUAUCAAUAUAAUGUUAAUCAAUAAUAAAUGAUUCAGAAAAUAAGAUAGCCAUGGUUGAAACAAACAUGAAAUAUCCCAAUUAAACUUAUAGGCACAACAAUAUUGAAAAAAAU